UCGAUAGCUUAUCGAAAAUGGGCUCUGGAUCGGCAACACUACGCAAAAUACUACCUACUGACGACCAUGCGAUUUUAUUAUAAAUUUAUAUAAAACUCGAUUUUUUUAUUUCACUUUAUCAAUUCAUUAGAAAUGAGUACUUUACCGCAUAUUACGGGACUUACCAACAGGAAUAUAUUUCUUGUCGAAUUUAAAGAGCCUUUUGGAGAACAAAAUCUUAGAGAUGAAACUACUCCAAACAUACGUAGCAUCGUAUACAGUCCUAAAGGCACCUAUCUUGCUUAUAGAACAGAUAAAAAGGCAGAAAUUUUAAAAUGCUCAGACUGGACUGUGGCAGCUACCAUAAAUGGCAAUAUCAAAGACAUGUUCUUCUCUCCUCUGGAUAAUUACUUCAUGGUUUGGGAACUGUUUGCUAUGACAAAAGAAAACCCACAGGGAAAACCAAAUCUCCAUGUUUACAAAUCUGAUACUGGUGCAGUUGUGGGUUCAUUUACUCAGAAGAAUCAGACUGGAUGGGAACCCCAAUGGUCAUCAGAUGAGAAGUUGUUUGCCAUCCAAGCAAACAACAGGAUACUAUUAUAUGAAAAUGGACAGUUAGAUCGCUACACAUAUAAUAUACAAGAGGAGAAACUUAAGUCAUUCAGCUUUUCACCAAGUCCAGGACCCAAUUACUAUAUAGCAGUGUUUACAUUAGGUAAGCAAGGACAGCCCUCUGUGUGGCGCGUGUUCAGGUUCCCUCAGUUUGACAGCGGCCAUGCUGUCAUCACGCGGUCCUCGUUCCAGGCCGACAAAGCCGCCUUCCACUGGAACCGACGGGGCACUAAUGUGUUCGUCCUGACUCAGACAGAUGUAGACAAGACUGGUGGAUCGUAUUACGGAAAGCAAUCAUUAUCACACGGUGACGUAAAAGGGAAAUCCGGAAACAUGACAUUCAGCAAGGAAGGCCCGAUCCACUCUUUAGCCUGGAACCCCAGCAAUUCUAACGAGUGGGUGGCGGUGUACGGCCACGCGCCAGCCAAGGCUACUCUCUUUAAUGCCAAGUGCGAGCCGCUAUACGAGUUCGGGACGGGCGCUUGGAACUCGAUAUACUUCCCGCCUGAAGGAAAUCACUUCCUAAUCGGCGGAUUCGGAAACAUAGCUGGUGGUAACAUAGAAAUAUGGGACAUGCGCGGCUACAAGAAACUGGGGUCCUGUGCGGCGCCCGACUCUACUUUCUUACAAUGGGACCCAAGAGGGGAAACCUUUCUUACUGCGACUACUUAUCCAAGACUGACAGUCGGGAACGGCUACAAAAUCUGGCACUACACCGGCGUUCUUAUGCACAAGCGGGUGUGUCAAGAGAAAGAAAACCUCCUGGCGAUCAGCUACCGCCCAGGCAGUUACCCAAAGAGUGAACUAUCGAAGACUGUUCCUAAAGGCAUCGAGGAUUCCACUCCUAAAGCAGUAGGCGCUUACAGGCCGCCCGGGGCUAGGAAUAAACCGUCGACCUUCACGUUACAUGAACAUGAGAAGCCACAUAAGCCGGGAGAAAGUUCCUCUGCUGCGCCGUCGAAACAAGCAUUGAAGCAGAAGCAGAAGCGCGAAGCACGUAAAGAGCGCAAGGCAGAAGAGCGCGCGCAAGGAGUCGGCGACGCGCCCGCCCCCGCCCCCGCCCCCGCCUUACCGCGACCCGCGUUCGUCUCUACUGGCGAUCCGGAAACUGAUAAGAAAAUUAAGAACAUCAAUAAGAAACUUAGUGACAUAGACAAGUUGAAGCAACAGAAGGCAGCCGGCAAGCAACUGGAGUUGAACCAACUAGCCAAGAUUGAAAACGAACAAGCUCUAUUGCAUGAGUUGGCUCAGCUACGAUUAUGAUGUCAAUUAUACUUGACGAUCUUAGAGUACUGCACUGUAGGAUACUACGUUACUGCAAAUAUGAGACUUAUUCGAUUUUUGACUGCCAUUAUUUAAUUUGAAUAAAAAAAUAACUUAUUUCCAAGCAUUUACACACUAUUGUAUACGCGAUGAUAUUUUGUUCAACGGUCGGUCGGUUUUGCGGUAAUUUUAUGUCCUACGUUAGUGACAGUUUUAUACGACUGCUUAAAUGAAUUUUUGUUAGGUUUCAUUUAAGAAUAAGUGUUUAUUUUUUUACUAUUAUGUAAGUCGAUUUUUGUUAUUUUUGGCGCUUAAUAAUGAAAUAUGUAUACUUAAAACAUAUUAUAUGUAAAUGAUGAGAGCAAAAUCAAAGAAAGCGUCCGAACUUUUAUAAGAUGUUUACCAUUCAAAAAUGGAUGUUAAUGUAUUACAACAAAGCAGACAAUCCUUAAAUGUUAAACUACUGUUAAUUUCAAUACUUUAAGAUCUAUUUUCGAAAGGACACAUGAUUUCGUUUGGUUCGGAUACUUUUUCUACGGCAUUGUGACGGGUCGAUGAUAACUGAAUUUGUACGGAAUUCUUUUCAGGGAUAAGUCUGUAUUCCGGAACAUGCCUUAAAAUAGUACUUUGAAAUGUACAAACAUACAAAUAACAUCAAAAUAAAUUUGACUUUUUAAAUUUUCUUAUUUAAAGAAUCUUGCAUAAUUGUUAUCAAUAAAUAAAUAUAUAUACGUUAUGU